AUGACUGCCGUACGAGCACCCAUAGUUAUUGACCAAUACUACUGUCCUCAUCAAACCAAUUGUCCCAAUAAGGCUGUCUUGGUGGUUGUUGCAUUAUGUUGUAUGUCUAGACUAGUGGCUGGUGUAACUUCAGUGUAUAACGUGGUAGACUUUGGAGCUGUUGGAGAUGGCAAAAGUGAUGAUUCCAAGGCCUUCUUAGAAGCAUGGGGAAAGACAUGUGCUGAUGCUGCAUAUUCAACACUUCUUAUUCCAUCAGGAAAAACAUUUCUCCUGACCACACUCAUGUUUCAAGGGCCCUGCAAAUCCAACGUCCAUGUCCAGGUGAGUGGAAAUCUAGUAACACCAAACACUCCAUGGAAUGCGGAGCUUAACCAUUGGAUCACGUUCUACAAUGUUAAUGGCCUCACUGUGGAUGGAUAUGGUCUCAUUGAUGGCAGAGGUCCCAUCUGGUGGCCUUGCAAACUUAAAAACAGUAUGGUGUUCAUUCAAUGCAACAACUUGAAAGUAAAAGAAAUAAAGUUGAAGGACAGCCCAGGCAAGCACUUGAGCAUAGAUGCUUCCAUAGGAGUUGAGAUAAAUGGUGUUACCAUAACAUCACCUGGCGAUAGCCCCAACACAGAUGGCAUCUACGUGGCCGACUCUCAGCAUGUCCUAAUCACUGGAUGCACCAUUGCGUCAGGAGAUGAUUGUAUAGCAAUUGGGAGUGGUUGUGUGGAUGUUAACGUUACCCAGAUAACAUGCGGACCUGGGCAUGGGAUCAGCAUCGGCAGCUUGGGAAUGGACGGCUCCACUUCACUGGUUGAUCUGGUUCAAGUCUCUGUCUGCAACUUAUUCAACACCACCAAUGGUGUUAGAAUCAAAACAUGGCAGGGUGGAUCUGGUCAUGCAAAAAGUAUAUUGUUCGAGCACGUGAACAUGACUGCCGUACAAGCACCCAUAGUUAUCGACCAAUACUACUGUCCUAAUCAAAACAAUUGUCCCAAGAAGUCAAGUGCAGUGCAACUGAGCGAUGUGAAGUAUAUAGACAUACAUGGGACAUCGACAGGGGAGGUGCCAUUAAUAAGCUUGGCAUGCAGCGAUGUUGCCCCAUGCACUGGGCUUAUCAUGAGUAACAUUCAUUUAGUGACGCCGUCCAACCCUAAUCCACCAAAACCUUAUUGUUCCAACGCUAAUGGGAGAUCCAUUGGAAGUGUCAUCCCCAACGUUCCUUGUCUUCCUCUGUGA